CCCCCGGGGUUUGGGUGGACCGAGAUCGGGUGGGUGGUGGGGGGUGGUGCCGAGUCGACCCCGGGAUCUCCGCUGUGCGGGACGGAACGAGUCGGGGCCGGGUCACGUUUGUUCGGCUCGUCGGAUUGAAUCUGGGACUACGAGGAGGAGGAGGGCGACGAGGAGAUGGCGGACGCGGCGUCGUACGUGCUGAUGCAGGCGGAGAACGGGAGCCUCGUCAGGGUUGAGCACGACCGCAAGAAGAGGCAGUUCUUCAUUCGCCUCAAUGGUUACAGUGACCGGGCCGUGCUGCUCUACGAGUACAUCGGCAAGAAGACGGUGGACUUGCAGCACACCGAGGUGCCGGACGGCUACCGCGGGCGCGGCAUCGCACGCCUGCUCGCCAAGGCCUCCAUGGACUUCGUGGUGGAGGAGGACCUGAAGGCGCACAUCACGUGCUGGUACAUCCAGAAGUUCAUCAAGGACAACCCCUUACCUCAGUACCUGCAGCGGGUGCAGAACUGACGCCGCCGUCGCCUCUUCCUCCCGCCGCCUCGUCGCCCACGGCAACCCCCCCUCCCCCUUUCCUCGCCUCCACCGGGGCAACGGUAACCCGGCAACGGUAACCGGGCAACGCCGACGGUGCUCGGCUGCGUCGCCCUGGUUAGUACGUCCGGUCCUCCGGUGGGCGGCGGUGAAGGGCGGCGGGGGUCGGGUGGUGGUGGUGGAGGGGAGCUGCCAUCUCCUCGCCGGCGCUGGCGAUGGUGCCCGAGCGUUUGCCGGGAGACGCGUGGGACUCGUGCCGCGCGUGCGAUGGACGGCCCCUGCCGCCGCCACCGCCGCUGCGGAGGCGGAAGAGGCGGUGAGGACGCAGGGGUGGGGUGGUUCCAGAACUGUUCGGCGGCGGCGGCGGCGGCGCUCGAGAGAGAACUUUGGGAAGCGUGCGAUGGCACGGCCGUUGAGGAGGGCGGCCCACCGUAGCCACACGCCGGGCGGAAGGCACGGGGGCGGAUUAACUCGACACACAACGACGACGACGACGCUGCCGCCGUUUUUACUCCCGCCGCUUCGGAAUCCCGGUUUCACCGCGGUGGGGGACGUCGCGGUCGCGGGCGCUGGAGCCCGCGGUGCGAUUGCCCGGCUGCCCGCGUUGUCGCGGAGAGCGGUGAUCCGUUGAGGGUUGUGCGUAGGCCCUCCCGGGGUGGGGCGGGGGACACACCAUGCUGUCCCUUCGGUUUCGGGCAGCGUGCGCUUGGGCUGGACGAGGGAGUCGCCGCGCUGGGUUAGAGUGUUUGGGCGAAGCGACGCAUAACGAGACCGGGUGUAGAGGGUCAUUGGGUCGGGCAGAGUGAUUUGGGAGUGGACAGAAAUUAAUUGGCCUGUCAAAGAAAAGUUUUUUCGGGGUUGUGCAGAGGGACAUCGAGGUAAGGAUGCGUCACGGCAUUGGAUCAGAGAGUCAUUUGUCUGCGCAGAGCCAUAUAGCUGGACUGGAGAGGCAGUUAUUGGGGUGGGCAGUUAUUGUACCGGGUGGAGAGUGUUUGGGAUUGUAAGAGAGUCGUUGGUUUUAGGAACGCAUCAUGGGACUGUGCAGAGAGUCAUUUGGCUGUGCGGUCAUUGGGCUAAGUAGACAUUGAUUGGGGAAAAGUACAGUGGAGGUUAGCCACUGGGUAGAGAGUCACUGGGGUAGAGAAGUCACUGAGCCUUGUAAACAUGUCGUGGUGUCUGGUGAGAAAGUCGGUGGGCUAGGUAACGGCAUCGUGGUGUCGUGCAACUGGGCGAAGUGAUUUGUCAAGGGACUGGGUAGAGAAUCGUUGGGCUGCACAAAGACAAAGAUCCCCCCCGUGUAUCCUGUACACAGACUGUUGGGGCAAGUGCGGUUAGCGAGUAGCGGCACCUACGAAGGCCGGCACGGCGCACGAAGGGGAUGGGUGGCCAACGCCAAGCCCGGCCGCUUUUGUCUCCCCGGUGGUCGAUGUUUACGGAACGCACCAGGUACUCAUUUGAGGCCGAGUCGACCUAGAGGGAGACCCCGGACCGGUUCAGAUAAUCGUCACCAGUGUUGUCCGUGAGCGGUAAUCGAACCCGGGCCGCAGGUGGUUCGUAGUGCGGCUGCGCUACCGCUCCCCGUUGCAAAUGGCCGGCCACACCCGUGAGUUCUGCUGGAGGCAGGAGGAGUUUGAAUUUGGAGGGCAAGGCCAUAAAAUCACUGGAGCUUCUGUAGGUUCUUGAUCUCUCCACACUCUCGCGCUCUCUCUCCCUCUGUCUCUCACGCUCCUCACCAGAGGUCGCAACCGGGUACCCGAUACCCGUACCCUACCCGAUACCCGGCUACCCGUUCGCGACCCUGGUGCGGGCCGGGUACGGGUAGACCGUGAGUCACUGGUGAGUAACUGUUUGUCACUUAUUUCCCAACGUCUUGUCUCUUCUCACAAUUCAAGUUCCUAGAAUCAACCCACCCGCGCCUGCAACAUGGCUUCAUCCCAGAGAUCGCAACCGGGUACCCGAUACCCGUACCCUACCCUUACCCGGCCGGGUAGGGUAGGGUACGGGUACGGACGGGUACGGAUACCCUUUUGUGACCCUGGUGCGGCCGGGUACGGGUAAGGAAUCAAAACCCGUUUGCGACCUCUGCUCCUCACUCCCUCCGUCACGAUCUCCCCGGGUUUAUUUGAAUCGUCGUGCACACAACCCCCGUUUGACGUCGUUAUUACUGUCUCGAGCAUGGUCCAAGCUUCGCAUCCGCCCCCCCCCACUACUCUCCCCCUGCCAUC